AUGGGCAGGACCUGCGCCCUGGGCAUCGCCCUGAGCCUCCUGGCAGCAGCGCUGGCCACCAAGGCGCCCGACUGCGGUGGGAUCCUCAGCCCGUCGGGGCUCAGCUACCUGGCUGAGGUUUCAAAGCAGCACGCGGAGACCAUCCUCGCGCAGGACCUGAUGGCCCCGAGAGUCUCGGACCUGCUCCUCGGCUCCCCCAAGCCCACCCGGAACCAAAUCGACUCUGUCAAAGUUGCUGACCUGUCGCUGUCGCUCAUCCCCGACGCGGGGCUGCGGCUGAACAUCGACGCAGAUCUUGGCAUCGUGACCGCCCCCUCCACUUCCAAGGUGGUGAGACUGUCCAUCAUGGCAGACCUCCAUGUGGAAAGGAAUCCUGAAGGGAACCUGGAGCUGAUCACAUCAGCCUGCAAGCCCACCAUGGAGGAGAUGCAGAGCACCGAGGAGGUGGAAAGCAAGUCUCCCAGUUUGGAGGUGGACAAGGAGCUCGAUGUCAGUAGGAUAUAACAAGACAUAACCCAACGCCAUCUCUACCCCUGUUUCACAGCUCAGUUCCCGGUCACCCCGAGCUGCCAGCUCCAGUAUGUGCCCCUGGCUGCUCCUGUGAUCUCCGAGCAGGGAGUCACCGUGUCCCUGCAGACGACUUUCCUGGUGGCAGGGCUGGCGCUGCCCCUGCCCGCCAGCCCCACACCCUUCACCAUGCCCGAGGCGGCGAGCGCCAGCGCUGCCCACCUCACCCUGGCUCUGUCCACGCACUUCUACACCGGCCUCUUCUUCGCCCUGGAGACGCUGGGAGCCUUCAACUGAGUGCAGCGAACCCCGCUGACCACUGCCACGAUGGCACAGAAGAUCAGCCAGAUCGGCUCCCUCUUCCAAGAGGACCGGCCCGUGCUGCUGCGUGUCGCUUUCCGCAGCUCGCCGUGGGUGGUGCUGGAGGAAGGCCACAGGGCGCUGAAGCUCUUCCUCACCGCACACGUCGGCGUGGGCUCCCCGGACUUCCAGAGCUUCCUGAGCGUGAACGUGGACAUGUCUGCGGGGCUCCUCCUUAGUGUGGCCGAUGUGAGGAUGAUGAUCUCUGCAGCAGUGAUCGAGGACAUGGAGCUGAGCCUGGCCUCCUCCGAUGUGGGCCCCGUGCCGGUCCUGCGUGAAGGAAUUUACUUGCCCCAUGCGUCCAAUUUCAUCUACACCGACGUCGACGUCAUCAUUCACAAGGACUAUGUUUUGAUCCCGUGCAACCUCAAGCUACAGCCUAGGACCGGAGGGCAGAUCGUGCUUGGCUGA